UUGUAUCUAUAAACACAUAAAUAAGAAGCUGAAUUUCACAACUUGUCACUAAAUUAGAGGAUCUGCGUCCCAAGGAAGAUUCACAACAAUGAAGAAGAGACUGAAUUUGAAGCAAUUUCUGGUGACUCUCUCUGAUGCAUGUUUGUGCAUAAAUCAUGUUGAGAGUAACGAGAUUCAAGAUACUAGCACAGACAUCAAGGAAGGAGUUAUAUGUCCCGAGGAUGAAUCGGUGUUCGUAGACAAAGCUAACGUAGAAGGAAGAAGAAUCAAAGUGGUGAUAACUAGGAAACAGCUGGAUCUCUUGUUGGCGAAGCAAGUUUCAUUAGAGCAGUUGGGUUUUGUGAACGAGAGAAUAUUUCUCAGAUCUUUUAGGAAAAAUAAGUGGAAACCAUUGCUCGAGUCUAUCCAUGAAACACCUGAAUUGUAAGGAUUGGGUGUUUAGUUUUUUUUAACACCUGAACCGAUGAUGAUGAUAUUUGUAAAUAUAUGUUUGUAAAUGACUUGUAGUGUACGCAUCAUAAAGUCAUCUUGUACGUCGGUGUUGUUUUUAGUAAAAAGAAAGUUUUCAGUAAUAGGCGAGCAGGGGAAAACAGAGCAAGACAGACGAGUCCUUUCUCGGUUUGGUCCAAAUAUCCAAUGAUUGAUAGAUUCAUUUGCCUU